UCACUGCUGCCGCCGCCGCUGACUGUGCAGGGCGGAUCGCAGCGCAGUGCCCAGGUCUGCCGGGUCAGGUGGUUGGGUGACGCCCCGGGAAGGCGCUCUCCAGGAGGUGCGGGCCUCCCGAGAAGGAGUGGGUGGGGACGUUCCGGAGGCGGCGGCGGCGGCGGCGGGAGCUCUGUCGGUGACCCCCGCCCCAGCCCCAGCUCCAGCCCAGGCGGCAGCAGUACGAAUCCAGCCGUUCCGCGCCCACUCAGGCGCUGGCCACCCCAGGAAGCAGGGAGCUGCGAGCGAACAUGGACAGCGGGGAGCCAGGUCUACUGAAAACGGACCAAGUACCUGAAGAAGGGGAAGAUGCUGCCGCUACAAUCAGUGCUGCAGAGACCCUGUCAGAGGAAGAGCAGGAAGAACUAAGAAAGGAACUUGCCAAGGUAGAAGAGGAAAUACAGACCCUAUCUCAAGUGUUAGCAGCCAAGGAGAAGCAUCUAGCUGAGAUCAAGAGAAAACUGGGAAUCAAUUCACUACAGGAACUAAGGCAGAACAUUGCCAGAGGCUGGCAGGAUGUGACAGCCACAUCUGCAUACAAGAAGACUUCAGAAACUUUGUCUCAGGCUGGACAGAAGGCCUCAGCUGCUUUUUCUUCUGUUGGGUCUGUCAUCACCAAAAAGCUCGAAGAUGUAAAAUUGCAGGCCUUUUCACAUUCCUUUAGUAUUCGCUCCAUUCAACAUUCAAUUAGCAUGCCUGCUAUGAGAAACUCACCUACUUUCAAAUCAUUCGAAGAAAAAGUUGAAAACUUAAAGUCUAAAGUUGGGGGAAAUAAGGCUGCUGGAGGUGACUUUGGAGAAGUCUUGAAUUCCACUGCUAAUGCCAGUGCCACAGAAUCCCUGACAGAACAGACACAGGAGACCCAGUGAGAUUGUUGCCUUUGGUUCUGCUACCCACUGCCAGAUGCUGCAAGCAAGACCUAAGCACAUUGAUAGAAUGGCCUUGGCUAUGAGUUUCCACCAAAUGUGUUUUUGUUUAGCUUUGUGUAUUCAUUCAAAAAACAGUUUGUGGGGUUAACUUUUUUCAAAUUAAAAUGUAGUGAAUGGAUUUAACCUGUUUUUGUUUUUUUCCCCUCCUCUCCAAUCUUCCAGGGAAGCACUAUUUAAAGAUCAAACAAACUGCAUUUUAGGAUGUUUAAUUGAGAUCAGCUUAUGAAAAAUGGGUAUUUUCUGGAAAAACUCAAUUGAAUGAUCUGAGAAACUAUAAUGGUAUAGUUUCGUUCCAAGCUUAUGAUUCCUAUGUAUGGUACAUUGAUUUAUUUUACUUCUGAAAGGUUUAUUUUUCCUUUGUAUUUGUAUUUAUUUUGUUGCCAAACUUGAAUGCCAUCCUUUCCACUUUUUCAAGUAAUUCCUAAUUAUUAGAUGCUUUGGUGUACUUAUUUUUUUCCCUUUCUUGUAAGGACUGCCAGUGAUAAAAAACAAAACAAAAUUCCAAAUGAACUUAUUUUAAUUACUGUAUGAGAUGGAAUUCCCCUAGGCAUUGUAUGUAAUUAUGUUGAAUCAUAUAAAUGAGUCAUAUAGUCAUGUAAUACUUGAUUUUGUAAUUUGUACACAAUAAGGUUAUAAAAUCCUACAUGACCUGAGUAUGUGUAGUAUCCACAUUCCUGGUUUCCUUUGUAUAGAUUUAUUAUUCUUAGUAAAAGAGUAGUAAUUUUUUGUGUUGGUAUACCAUUUCCCCAAAUGUCUAUUUCACACUAGAUUAAAAAAAUAAUUGGAGGGUAAUUGGCAUAUGGCAGUUGGUAUAUUUCAUAUUUGUGUUCAUUUGAUCCAGAAUGUUGUUUUAACUUUUUUUUAAAAAUUCAUAACACUAAGUAUAUUUGAAUGUCAAACUCAAAAACUUGUGAUUCUUAGGUGUAGGUGGUUACAAAAUGUUAUAGUUAGAGAAACUUUGCUGACUUCAUUUAUUUCCUUCAGUUAGCACUGUUUAAAAUAAAAUGUAAAGCACACAAUGAUGCACAACAAUUGCAGCAUGGAUUUUUUUUUAUACCUAUUACUUUGCAAUGGUUCUUUUGAGGAUGUAAUGGAUGAACACAACUCAGCAUCUCCACCUCAGUGAUUUUUAGUGCUAGAGUCUUCAAUUGAUUUUGUAACUAUUGCCUCUAACUUUGAAAACUGAGCGGUGGGAUUGAAUAUCUUGAGGCCUCUGGAGUAUCCAUAAAGAGGCUAAUAAUGUUAAUUCUAAUAACCACUUAAUCAUUUCCAGUCUCUUGUGUUCUGUAAGUUUAUGGCAUAUAGUAUUGGUGUUGUUUGUUAUCUAGUUUGUAAUUGUUUUUGUUGUUGUUACAAAAUAUUCAUUUGGAGGCAUGACUUGAUUUAUUGAAGGAUAAAUUCUCAUAUCGAAACCAAAUUUCAAAACUGCCACAAGUGUUGUUUUAAAUAAUAUGCUGCAUCCUAAUAGCUAGAGCUUUGUUAGCACUUUAGAUAUCAUUGAUAAAAUGCUCUAUUACAUGUGAAAUGCUUAAUAAAUUCUCUAUCUCAGCA